AUGGAAUUCAAGAACGAUAUUCCUACAAAAGAAGACAAAGAUUUUAUAGUUGAUGAUGGUUAUAAUCAUGAUGAGGAUCCAACAUAUGAGCCUAAAGAUUCCUCCUCAUCUGAUGAUGAUAAAUAUGUUGUUACCGGUAAAGAGUUUAAAAAACUAACCAAAAAGGGUAAAAAACUUGGUGCUGAAUCGCUUGAUUAUUCAACACGCAAAAAUAACAAAUAUGUAGCAACACUUUCAAGUGGAAAGAAAAUUCAUUUCGAGUCAUCACAAUAUCCAGAUUUUUUAAUUCAUAAAGACAAAGAGCGAAAAGAGAGGUAUCUCACUCGAGCUAAAAAGAUUAAAAAUAAGCAGGGAGAGUUAACUUAUACUAAUCCUGAAUCGGCUAAUUUCUGGAGCGUGAAUUUACUCUGGCCACAAAAAUGA